CCUGUCCAACCUGGCCUUGGACACUUCCAGGGAUCCAGGGACAGCCACAGCUUCUCUGGGUAAUGCGCAUCUUGUGUCAUUUUGCAUCUCUUAGCCUUCCCAAAGUUUCUCUGGAGCCCCUCUGUCCUCUCCCUAACUUAGGAGCUGGGAGUUUAACUACAUCCAUCACACUUCCCAAACUCCUUUCCUUAGAAACAAAACACUGCCUCACAGCACAAGAGAAGGAAAAUGAAAGCAAAAUGAAAAGGUGGCAAGCUCAAAACAAAGCUCACUCUUUUUUUUCAUCUCUGUGGACAGUGACUGACUUUUGGCAGCUCACUAUCACCAAGCAUUCUGAUCAUCACUGAGAUAUCACACCUGAGGUUUAACCAUGAGUAAAAAUAGCCCAGCUCAGAGAAGAGGACAUUGCUCCUCAGACAUCAGGAAAAAUUACAGCCCAUGGGAAGAAUAUGAGAGCAAUUUGGCAGUGGUCAUCUGUCCAACAUCUGCCCAAAUCUGGGGUGAAAAGACAUCAGACUGACCAAGGAGGGAACAGAUCCAAAUGUGCCAGCGACAUUUGGGUCUGAUACCUAUGGCAUCCCAAUUUAAAACUGAAUAGCUGGCACCCACAGACUUGCAACAUUUGUGGCUUUGUCACCAUUGAGUGACAUGGCUCAAGGAAUGACAUCAUCUAAGAUAUAUCCUGUAUUCCACCUGUGUUAAUGGAACCUAUACACAUACACUUCUUAAUUUAGGUUAUGGUCAGAAACCACAGUUAAGGUUGGGGGGAAAAACACCUACUCCAAAUCAUUUAGCACAGCACAGAAACCCUUAUAAAAGGUCCAGCAGCAGAUGUGCCCAGACACCUUCACCUCAGCAGAGCCCAGCACAAGCAUUAGAAGUAAGAGAAGGAAGGAAGAUGUCUCCAACUUUUUGCACUUCUCUGCUCAGACCCCUGCUCCUCGUGCUGCUGGCCGUGCUGUCAGCCAGCAGUCCUGCCCAUGGGAAGGUGAUCAAACCUGGGCUCAAGCCAGAGAAUCUCUUCAAGCAAGCAUCUGCUGGAUGCCCGACCCAAAAAGACUCAAAUUUCCCCCAAACUGUGAGAGUCAACCUCAGCAUCAGCAACACGAACCAGGACACCAAAGCCAGCCUGGACAUCAGCAGCCGCUCUCUGGCUCCGUGGGAUUACAGGAUUGACGAGGACCACGACCGCUUCCCGCGGCUGAUCGCGGACGCCGAGUGCCGCCACUCCCGGUGCGUGAACCCCGAGGGGCAGCUGGACCACAGCCUCAACUCCGUCCCCAUCAGGCAGGAGAUCCUGGUCCUGCGCAGGGAGCAGAGGGGCUGCCAGCAAUCCUACAGGCUGGAGAAGAAAACCAUCACGGUGGGCUGCACGUGUGUCACCCCCCUGGUCCAGCACCAGGCCUGAAGGGAGCCGGAGCUGCAAGAGCAAGGAGCCACAGAGAAUUCCUUGCAUGGAAGGGGCCUGAUCCAGCCUCCAAAAAAGCUGAAUCAAGCCAUAAAAUUUGUCAAGAAUGCAUCAGAAUAUGUAUUUCAGAAUAUACUGAAAAUCAGGUGUCUAGGUUAAAAAACCUUAAUGUUUUCCCCCAAGAUCUUGAACUCCAAAAAUUCAGAAUCCAGACAGCUGCAUGUGCCUGGCUGAAAAGUAAUGGGAAUUUUACCCAUCCUUAGUUUACACUUUGAAAUGUCUAUUUAUGUAAAUCUAUUUAUGCUGGUGGAA